GGUGUCUCUACGGUGAACGUGCACAUGUGCUAAUGGGGUUAUCGUCUUUUUUAAACCAAAAAUGCCGAGGCAACGCGUAAAAACAUCUGUAAGAGGUCAGAGUGACAUAUCACAGUACAUGGAAGCGUAUGACGAAUUGAAAACGGGCAUGUCACUUCGGAGAGCAGCCGAAAAAUACAACAUAAAUUAUGUGUCCCUCCUUCGAUAUAAAAGAAAACGCGAGGCUAACAAAGAUGAAAGCAAUAAGUCAACAUCAAUGGGCUACAAUGCACAUAACAGGGUUUUCACAGAUUCUCAGGAGAAAAGCCUUACCACAUAUCUGAUACUAUGUACCGAUGUUCGUUUAGGCCUUUCUCCGAAAGAAGCGAGGAAAUUUAGUUAUGAAUGGGCUGUUAAAAACAAAUUGAAAAGACCGAGUACCUGGGAUUCAAAUGGGAUAGCAGGGGAGGAUUGGUUAAGAGGAUUCUUGGGUAGAAAUCCAGAACUCUCGAUAAGAACUGCUGAAGAAACUAGCGUGUCCUGGGAAAAAAGCUUCAAUAUGGAUCCAAGGUUGGAGAAUAUGAAAGUGGAAAUUGAAGAUACUGAGCUCCUGGAACCGCAUACAGAGUUUGUGCAAGCAUCAUAUCAGUCAUCGAUAAGGAUGGAAGAUGUUGACACUAGCAGUUCGGAUUUUCCGCGAAAUGAUAAUUGUGAACUAUUCGGCAAAUAUAUUGCAGAGGAACUGCGUGCUUUACCUUAUCUUAAACGUUUAGUUUUGCAGGAAAAAAUUAUAAAUUGUUUUAAGAAAUUGAUAUGAAUUUAUAAUUGUUAACUAAUUUUUUAAUGUUAUACUAAGCAAAUAAAUUAUUUUGAA